GCAGGCAAUUCGUACGAUAUGUAAAUAAGUAAUGAAGAAACUGAAACUCUUAGAGCUGAAACGAAAUUGGAUGAUGUUAGCUCUGGAGCUCAUUCUAUACAUUUUACAGUUGAAGAGAAAUUGGGUGUCUCAUCAGUGUCUACCAAAAAGCGGUGUCUUGAUGUCCAAAAUGGAAGUCCCAUCCAGAACCACACAAUGGAUGGUAUUUCUAUAUCUGGUGUUAAGAGCAGGAUGACCUUUGAUGACCAGCAACCUUCUAUUCGUAUUGUGUAUAGUUUCUUAACAAGAGCUAGUAAGCAGAAGCUUGAGGAACUUUUACGAAAGUGGUCAGAGUGGCAAGCUGAACAUGGUUCAUCAUUGCAAGAAAAUGAACUUACAGAAUCAGGGGAAGAGACAUACUUUCCUGCUCUACGCAUUGGUGCAGAGAAACCUUCAUCUGUGUCGUUCUGGAUUGACAACCAAACAAGGAAUCUGCAUGAUGCGGAGUUCAUCCCAUUGGACAGUAACGUUGUGCCGCUUUACGAUCGUGGGUUUGCAAUGGGUUUGACUUCAGCUGAUGCUUCAAGUAAUUUGGAAGGAGGAGGCUUCCGUUGUUUCAACUGUGGUUCUUAUAGUCAUUCCCUGAAGCAAUGCCCAAAGCCUCGUGAUAGUGUUGCUGUCAACAAUGCUCGAAAGCAACACCAAAAGUUCAAGCGUAAUCAGAAUGCUGCUUCUCGCAAUGCAAUUCGCUAUUAUCAGAGCUCUCAAGGUGGAAAGUAUGAUGAUCUAAAGCCUGGUGUUCUUGGUGGUGAAACACGAGAACUAUUAGCCUUGGGGGAGUUCGAUCCACCACCGUGGCUUAACAGAAUGCGAGAAAUUGGGUAUCCACCGGGAUAUCUAGUACCUGAAGUUGAGGAUGAGCCAUCUGGAAUUGCGAUAUAUGCUGAUGUAGAAACUGAUGGACACGAAGAUGGCGAAAUUGCAGAGAUGGUGCAUCCUCAACCAAGGAUGAAAAUGACAGUUGAAUUUCCAGGAAUAAAUGCAUCUAUCCCUGCAGAGGCAGAUGAAAAACUUUGGGCUCCUGUCAUUCAAGUUCCGAAUCGAUUAGGAGUAGGACAGUCACACUAUAGGUUAAACCAUUCUUCUGAACCUGGUAGCAGGGGGCUCGAACGAAGGUACUAUGAUGAUUAUGAAGAUGAUGGCCCUCCUGGAGUUGACACUAGAGUCAGCUCAACCUUUCUCCCUAGGUAUGGUAAUCAUGAUUCUGCUUACAAUUUUCAAAGUUCAAGACAGCCUAUUUUAAGGCAGCGAAGCCCAACCUCGGGAAGGUCCUAUUAUGAGAGGGGUAGAAGGAGCCCCUUGGUUUAUGAAGAUUUUGCUAGUCAUGGUUCCCAUAGUUCUUCAAGACAUUCACCAAGGUCUCAUGGUUCAGCCAGAUAUGAAAAUGAGAUUGAUGAUGGAUUGGAUAACAGCCACCAGGAAUAGGGAUGGCAAAAAAACUCGAACUCGACGGAAAAACUCAAAAACUGAAUUAAACGGGGAUGGAGGAAAACAGUUUAUGCUAAACAGAGACGGGAACAGGGAAAAAUCGUUUAUGUUAAACGGGGACGGGGAUAGGGACGGGUUUAGUAAUUCCUGUCCCGAUUAUUAUCGGCCUGAUACCCGUCCUGAUACCCGGCCCGAUAAAUAU